AGCAUGCCUAGCGCGGGGUCUGCACCAGAACGAGGUUGCGUAGCGCACAGCAGAAGUCAUGCUGUAGAUUCGAACCCGCAACUUCCGAUCCUGAUUGACGUCGUUUUACAAAGCUCCCACCAUGCGGUGUGCGGUAGGGACAGCCUGGCUGUUGGUACUCCUGCUCCUGCCACUGGUCUCCACUGUGGAGCCUCAGGACGAAUUUGCAGAGUUUGAAGACAACGAGUUUGCAGAGUUCGAGCACGUCAUCGAAGAUGAGGAGGAGGAAGACUUCCUAAGUGUGGAGACUGAGGACGAGGAGGAAGAGGAGGAAGCAGGUCAGGAGGAGGUACCGGAGCAGGUGCUGGAGGCUGACUUUGAUGAUGGGGAGGCGGAUGUGCAGGUGGAGGAUGAUGAGGAUGAGUUUGAGCAGUUUGAUGAUGAGGAGUUUGAGGGCUUCGACUCGGAGCGGACGGGCAGAAAAGGGAGGAGCCAGGAUCCACCCGACCUCAAAAUCACAAAUGUGCCGUACCACCUGCGGACCAGCUGGGAGAAUUUUUACCUGGAGAUCCUGAUGAUCGGAGGUUUGCUGGCUUACGCCAUGAACUACGUCGCCGGCAAGACCAAGAACCACAAACUCGCAAGUGCCUGGUUAACAGCACACAAGGACCUGCUGGAGGCAAACUUCACGUCCGUCGGGGAUGAUGGGCAGGGUGCAGAGGUGCAGUCUGGGAUACUGAUGAAGGAGAGCGAGCACAUCUACUCCAUCUGGUGCUCCGGGAGGGUCUGCUGCGAGGGGAUGCUGGUCGAGAUCAAGGUCAGUAUCACACAGACAAACAUGCACACAAACACACACAAACUCACACAUACACACAUACAGGCAGGGUCUGCUGCGAAGGGAUGCUGGUCAAGAUCAAGGUUAGUACUCAGACAUACAGACAAACACACACACAAACAUGCACACAAACACACACAAACAUGCACACAAACAUGCACUCAUACAUACACACAAACACACAAACACACACACACACACACAGGCAGUAUCUGCUGCGAAGGCAUGCUGGUCGAGAUCAAGCUGCUGAAGCGGCAGGACCUGGUGAGCGUGAUUUCCCGCAUGAUGCGGCCGUCCUCGGACCAGGUGACCGUGACCAUUGACCUCGGCCUGUCGGACAUGGACAGCUUCGUGUUCGCCGUCGGAAACAAGAAGACGAUCGGCCGACUCCACAAGGACAUGAACGACCUGAGUCUGUUCGUGCCUGACAAGCGUCCUGGGGAGAAGUACGGUCUGCCCUCCGGCAUGGCCAUCCUGUCCGAGUCGGGGGAGGUCACCAACGCCAUCAUCGACAACAAGAUGGUUCGAGUGCUGAAUAACUAUGCAGACAUGUUUGAGUUCCUCCACAUCUCUGACCAGUUCUCGGGGCCGAAGGUCAAGGACGGGGACCCUCAGCCUGCCACCAAGAUGCCUGAUACCAAGAAGACCAUCAUCUUCACCUUCAAUGUGCCUGGGCAGGGCCGCAGCUCAGUGAAGGAUGUUUUCGCCAUGGAACCGAUGAUGAAACUCGUCUUCCACAUUCUGGACAAAGUCUUCCGUUUCCGCCUCAGCAAGGAGGCCAAGACGAAGGCUGACAAGAUGCGGCUGAAGGUGGAAGAGUCCUUCCUUAAGAUGACGCACGCCCAGCGGCAGGAGGCGGCGCAGGCCCGGCGGGAGGAGCGGCGCCGCGCAGAGAAGGACCGCAUGAUGGCCGAGGAGGACCCCGACAGGCAGCGCAAGAUGGAGGAGCGCGAAUACCGCCGUGACAUGAAGAAGAAACAACCCAAGGUCAAGCAGCUGAAAGUCAAGAUGGGCUGAUGACCUUGACCCAAGUGCAAUAAGACUAGCCGUGAAGGUCACCGUAUUAAGGUCAACAGUGCGAAGGGAGUGGACUGUUAGGUCAUAGGUCACAUCCACGUAACAAUGAAGUCUAGAAACAACAGUAGUAGCCUUGUGGGUGGGGGGGGGUAGGUAGGAGUUGUAGUUAAUGAAUUAAAACAUAAACUGUAAGUAAGCUAGAUUAGAGCAGUAGGUAUUUAUAGGAUUGUUCUAAAGUCGUUAUACGGAAUUCUAGGGGAGGUCGCAUUUUAAUGUCAACUUUCAAGUCCGCAGCUCUAGUUGUUGUGUUUGCUUUUCCUGAAGUUAAAUGUUGUCAGAACUGGCCAACAAAAGUCUGAACCUGUAAGUAAGUCUACAAUUAUAGCUAAUGUAAUAGAUUUCAAACAUCAGCAGAGUGUGGGAAGUUUCGUUCGGACAUUCGUCAAGCAAAACUCACGGAUUUGCUGCAUCACAGACUUUCUCAGUCGGUGCAAAAUUUUACAGCAAGAAACUUUUGCAACUUUGCUAAGGCCUACAACAAAGGAGCUUCAAUAAAUGAAUAUCAGCAGCCUG